UACGUUUCGUUCUGAGCCAGAGCUCGAGGAAGAAGAAGACGACGACGACAACCCGGAAAAAGCUCCGCGCUUCCUGAUCGAAGCUCGACACGCGCUCCUGCCCAAGAUCGCCGGCGGAGAUCCGGAGCCGGCGACGUGCGGAGCGCUGCGAACGGUGAUGGUUCGAAGCAGUUGAGGGGCGGGCUUUCUAGAGAGCUUGCGAAGGUCUUCUGCGUCGGAGGAGGAGCAGAGAGUUAGAGGGAGAUGACGAGACAGUACGAAGAAGACGGAGGAGAGAACUCGCACCCGCCGGAGCUGCAGCCGCAGACGAGCUCCGGGUCGGGUAGCAGUGGUAGGAGGAGGGUCCGGGCGAGGCCCGACCCUUUCCUGGUCGUUUGCCGGUGCUUCAGCGUCGUGACUGCGAUCUGCGCCAUCCUCUGCAUCGCCGUCAAUGUCCUCUCCGCCGUCCGCUCCUUCGAGAAUGGAUACGACGUUUUCGACGGCAUAUUCCGGUGUUACGCGGUGGUGAUAGCGUUUUUCGUCGUGCUCGCGGAGACCGAGUGGGGAUUCAUUAUCAAGUUCUGGAAGGUAUUGGAAUAUUGGGCUGGGAGGGGCAUGCUGCAGAUCUUUGUUGCAGUGAUGACAAGAGCUUUCCCAAACUAUACUGAGGAGGAGCAAGAGCUUGUUCUUCUUCAGAACAUUGCAGCUUAUAUGCUCCUUGCUUGUGGUGUAGUAUAUGUUGUUUCGGGAAUUCUGUGCAUAGGCUUGUUGAAACGUUCUCGACAGAAGAAAGAAAUAUCAAGGGACCAGGCAGUGAAGGACUUGGAGGAACUGGAACGGCGCAGGGAAGAACUUGAACAAUUGCUUAUUGUGGAAACAGCGGCGUGAAGGCACUUUUUUUUGCGUUACUAGCAGGACGUCUUCUUCUCAAACUCCCAAUCAAGAGACCAAGGGAAAUGAUCUCUCUGGAUAUUCUGACCCGAUUCUCAUGAGUGUUGCUUUCUUAUUUUUGUACUUUUCUCUUUACGGCGAUAGUAUCAUUUUGAACUUUUGUCGAGUGAUGUGUGGCAAUUGUAUGGUUUGUGUAAAUCAAAAUGUUCUUGAUUCUUUUCUAGGAUGAUCAAUCACGGAACAAUGAUCCUACCCUGUAUUUUUCCAUCUUCAAAGAAUAGUGAUCUUGGCAGGCUGAGCAGGAGGUCGCCAAAUUUCAGA